UCACUCAGCCGUGCCUCCGCGAAGUCACGCCCUGCUUCCACAAAGGAUGCUGAGCCUGGGAGCGGGCUGCUGCCGCUGCCGCCGCCGCCGCCUCCUCUCGCAGAGCCUGCAUCCGCAGCAUCCCUUAUGGACCUGCCGACUGCGGGGGAGAAAUUGGAGCAUUUCACCCGAGACAGGCCCAGGCCGAACCGAAGGAACAGGCAACCUCCUAGCAAGUCGAAUGUUCAGCCGCCUGUGCGUGAGAACACAGAAGACAGAAGCAUUGCCAGGUUGGAUGAAGGCUUAGAUGAAUUCUUCACCAAGAAGGUGAUCCAUGAAUAUUUACUUCCUACUUCCUCGGAAACCUCUCCCACGGCAGUCGCAUCGCCCUCUUCUGGUUCUCGGACCUUGAAAAAGAAAAUCGGACACUUCUUUGCCUUCAAGAAGCCAAAGUCAAGUCGGGGGCCCAAGUCCGAGAAAGACUCUGAGGGUAGUCCUUCACCAGCAAGGGGCAGGAAGCUGAUGCUCAGUGACAUUUUAAGGACCCCCAGCAAAGCCAGCGAUUCGGCCAAAGCGCUUAGCAAAUCUGAGGAAGGGGGGCUGGCUGGAGAGAACAGAGGCUAUCUGGAACAAAGCCAGACCCCGGAUAGUGCACGAAGGGCCAGGCCCAAGUACUCCCGAGAAGGGAAGUCUCAGUCCUUGAUACUCUUGUCUGGAGAAGAGACAGAGGGACUUGGUGUCAGGCAUGAGAAGAAGCGGUCCUUUGAGAAGAGCGAUGGUGAGCUGCCCAGUUCCUUCGAACAGCGUGUCCACGUCAUGCUGCAUCGGAUUGGGGUCACCAAGGUGUUGUCUUCUGAAGGCAAAAAGAAACAGAGCAAAGAUGGGGAAAUCAAAAAGGCCGGCUCUGACGGGGAUAUCGUAGAUUGUUCUGCAGAAUCUCCUCCAUGCUCUUUGAAAUCACGAACACACUCCUUAUCCACAGAUCCUUCCGUCCGCACGGGAUCUGCGGAUCCCAUUGGCCGAGCAGGUACGGAGCCAAGUGGUGGCUCCCUUGAGGGCCGACUUUCGUGGAAGGUUCUCGGGAAGCAGCUGAACGCCGAGUUUAAGGGCAAGUGUUCAGAAUUCAGCCCUUCGCCAAGAAGAGGUUUUGUCAAUCAGGACCCGGUCGGAGCCCGGGAGCCAAAAGGGAGAGAGAGCUGGAGCAGCAGUUUGCCCAGAACUGGGAGAAGCACGGCUGCCCCUCUUCCCCUCAGGAGGACCAGCAAUGCGGGCGAAGGACGGGCAUCUGUUGAACUGCAGAAUUCCUUUGCUCACUUGAACACGGUUGCUGGAGACAAUCAGUUCAAACCCAAGCCUCGUCUAAAGCCAGCGGUCAACCGAAGGGCCAUGUCUGUUCAUGAAGAGCAGCUCAGGGAGCAGGCUUGUGCGGCCGAGCUUCAUCAUGCAAAAAUCCCUCUUUGUUUGCAACGCUCCCCUAUUCUGAAAUGGAAGACUAAGCCCAAAUUUCUGUUGGAGACUGGACUAUCUGCACCCUCGGAUUCUCUAGGCCCUCCCCCACAAGAACAGAAUGUGGUGGACUCCGACUCAAGAGAAGAAACAGAAGAAGAGCUGCCCCAAGCUAUAGAACAAACUCUAAAGAAUGCACAAAAUACAGCGUUAGACCAAAGAACUGCUGUGCCCCUCUCCAAGUCUCCAAUACACGAGCAUUGAAUGAUUCUGCAGGAUGGCUGCUCUAUUGAAGGAGGACAGAGUGAAGGCUUACGGUUUGAAGCAACAGCCAGCGGCGAGGGUGCAAGUUCUUUGGUACAAGGAUGAACAAGGGACCGGCCCUCCCAUAGCUCCUUGGCUGGAAGAACUGGGAUUUCCAGUGAUGGAUAGUGGCAUCUAAUCCCCUGCACGUCUUUCUGGAUCGCCCUGUUUCAUCUUUCAUCCUUGUACACGCUCAUCAAAGUGCCCAGUAUUCUAACGGUUUGUGUGAGAAAAGCCAAAAUCUCAAGUCUGCAGGAGACGGGUCUUUUCCAGCAGAAGUUGUACAGUUGGUACCAGAUGUGACAAAUUUGAUAGUGCCAGAAACUGAGAACCACCAGCAGGCGGGAUGGGGGUUGUUUUACAUACACUAAACUUGCUUGCCUUGCAUUGUAUGUUUUGGAAGUUUGAGACUAGGCUAGUGUGUGGUUUGUAGGGGGGAGUUAAAAGCAGGCACUCAGUUAAACCAGGUACAUGUCUUUCAUAGCAAACUUACUCCGCUGCUAUCCUACACCAUAUUUGUCCUUAAGGUCUUAUUUCCUUCUGUCCACAUCCUUUUGCAGUCUAGGAACAAUACUGUCAUGCCAAAACCAAUAUUUGCUGGCACCAACAAGAAGUUUGGUGUGAACAAGGUAGGAGGCGCAGUGUGCAUCGUAGCAGCUUUCAGCCAGGUUAACCCAAAGCAGGUGGCAGCUCCUCCUGUCCACGAUUAAAUCUGCAAAUUUGCAGUCAUUCCCAUCUCGUUUAUUCUGGUGUGAUUAGGCCUCUCUUCUCGGCUCCGUUAACAUUGCUCCAAGAUUCAGAAGUGCUUUGCUGUGGCAGAGAAGAUGGGAGGAAUGGAGAAGACUUUUCAUCGAUCGUGGCAUCACACCAAGCUUGGUGUUUCUGUUCAAACUCAUUGUGAAGAUGCUUAACCCGUAGCCUUGUCUCACGAAUCAGGAUCUGCGGCCUUCUCCUUAAAGCAAACACCUUACCCUAAAUCCAUUGGCUUUCAAGGAGGCUCUAGGAAAUAGUUAGUUUUUACAAUAUGAAUCGCUUAACUUGUUACAAGCUCCUUACAUCCGAAGCACUAGCACAUAGACGAAAGGGUAAGUACAUAUUUCUCCACACUGAUAGCCUGCAACUAAACACUGUGUUAAAUAUAGAUACAUACUCUGAAAAGAAAAAUUGCAGCUUUUUCGUAGAGCAUUUGGUACUUUCACCACUAGCCUUUUUUUCAGACACUGGAAGGAAAAAAUAUGUGGUGCUCAGCUAAUGUGAGUUAUAUUCUCCAGAGGACUGGAAAGGUUAUCUAACUUUCAGUUGAGACGUUUCCGGCCAUUGGGGAAAGUUCAGAAUCCCAUCAUCUGAAGGCAUUCUUUGAGGAAGACUGAAAAAAAGCUUUUGCUUCCGGCUAUCGGUGAAUUUGGAUGGACAGAAGAAGGAAGACUUAUGAACCACACCACAGUUAAGAUAAAUGAAGGAUAUAUGCAGAUGUAGAGUUCUCACAACAGUGUCUACUAGCGCAACGCCACAUACACACGAACCUGUUUCCACACAGAUAACAUUUUGGCAUAAUGGUUCAAUUACCAAUCAUCCUCAACCACAAGAGACGCUCAGUGGGAGUUGAGCUCCUUGUAACUGUACUUGGGUAUCUGCCAUCUAGUACCAGGUGAUUAUUGCAUGCAUCUUUUAAAAAUAUUCUAGCACAAACAGCCAACUUAUUUACAUUAAGGUCCUUAUUUUAAAGCAAAGAAUCACAGAAUUUUAUUUUAACUUUCAAACUAUGUUUGAGUGACUGUGCUCGAAUUUGGAAAAUUGGCACACAAGGUAUAUUUUUUAUCAAGAGCUGUGCUGUUGUAUUUUUCCUAA